UCUGUCCAAAAAUCCUAUGAAACCUGAUAACAACACUCAUCGAAUCAUUGUUUCUUUCUUACUUUAUAUUUUCUAUAAUUGGUGAAGAUCUGUGAUCUGAAGCUACGAUCUAUUCCCUCGUUGCAUACUCAAUCUCUAAGAUAACACGAUAUGGCGUUGGUUACAACUGCGGAAGUUUGUGACGCAAACCCACAACUCCUUGUAAGCGGUGAACUUCGAGCACUGCAGCCGGUUUUCCAGAUAUACGGUAGGCGCCAGGUGUUCUCAGGUCCAGUUGUCACCCUCAAAGUUUUCGAAGACAAUGUUUUGGUGCGGGAAUUUCUUGAGGAGAAGGGUAAUGGGCGGGUCCUGGUGGUAGAUGGUGGUGGAAGCAAGCGGUGCGCCAUACUUGGUGGCAAUCCGGUAGUGCAAGCUCAGAAUAACGGGUGGGCAGGUAUUGUGGUCAACGGGUGCAUAAGAGACGUUGACGAGAUCAACAGUUGUGACAUUGGGGUUCGUGCACUUGCUUCUCAUCCCGUGAAAGCUAACAAGAAAGGGAUCGGGGAAAAGCAUGUUCCGGUUACACUUGCCGGGACGAGAAUCUUGGACGGUGAAUAUCUUUACGCGGAUACUGACGGGAUACUGAUCUCUAAAACGGAAUUAUCGGUUUGAACUUCAUCUUUCCACUAGGUAAGGUGUUAUUUAUUUGAUGAAAUGUCUUCUAUAAAUGUUCCACAUUUGUGUACUAAAUAUUGUUGACUUUUGAGACUACCUUAAAGAGUAUGUUGUCAAGGGACCAUAUGGGAUUUGGGUGGGUCGGAUGAGUUGGGUAACGGGUCAAAACAGUCAACUUUCUUGGCAAGAUUUUGAACUUUUAAACACAAUUGUCAAAUGUGAUUUCAAAACUCAUAUUGUUUUUAAUAAAGUUGAUUUAGUGGUUUUAUGUUCGGCUUGUUUGACCCAUUUGGCCCGUUUUCUUUCAAGCUACUUUUUGUUCUACAUGUUUUGACUGAUUAGAGAUGAACGUAACCACAAUCGACUAAAGGAUCUAAGUUUUAACCGGUUUUGACCUUGCUAUUCACAAGAUGAGUUAAUUUAGAUGGUAUAAUCAUAUAUGGCAACCAUAUGUUAUGAUGUUUUGUUUUUGUAUUGAUCGUUGGAUGCAUAAGAUUCGUAUGAAAUGACUAAAUCAAACAAGCCCCAAGAACAAAAUCGACAUACUGGGCCGAUCAUGAAAACAAGAAAGACUUAAACAUAGUAACGGCUGAUUAAUCUUAACCAGUCAACUACCAAGAACUGAUCGCUAGCGCCAGAUUCCAACUAGAUAGAUGCAACUCUUAGCAAAGUUUACAUUUACGCCAGAGGCUUUGCGAAUAAUACCAAACGUUAUUCAUUGAUAUAUUACAAAUUCACAAUAACCAAACGUUGUGCACUUCAUUCUGAUUGACCCCAUGGGUGGAUAAAAUGCCUUAACACAACACAAGCUGUGUUUUCAGAACCGAACUGAACUGGAUGGCUUACGGUUCAGCCAUCGGAUCAGAUAUAAGAACUGGGAGAUACAACCCAAAUUCAAAUAUUUAAAAUUUACGGCAUGUUUAUGAGUUGCGUCAAAUAUUUAUAUAAUUUGCAUGUUAACUCCUAUUUGUACCCUUGUCUCUCUCGCCUCCUAUAAAUUUGAUAGCACAAAAAUACUUUGACCCGGUUUGACAUCAGUUUGGUUAGAGCAUUCAGAUUCAGAUUCAUGCCAUCAAAUUAUGUGUGUAGAGUUUUUAUAAUAUGAAGAGUAUAAAAAGUGAUUGUGAGGAGGAGAGAGAAAAUGUUACUAUUUAUUUGUAUACUAGGUUAUUCCCCGGGUAGAUACCCGGGUAGGAAAAUUUAAAUUACAAUCAAAAGCAACAAUAAUAUACGGGUUCAAUAGUCAUCAACACACCCUUAAAUCUUUUUAUGAAUAUAAAAAUGAAAAUAUUAGAAAUUUUUGUCAACUCUAGACCACAACAUGCUAAACCAUAUCCAUUGUGACCUCAUUAAUAAAAGCAUUUAUAAUAUGUACCUUUGUUACAUUAAGAGUUAGUUUCCCAUUAACUUCUACAAUCCAUUAAAGAGCAUAUACACUAUAUCAUGUACUGAACUCCCGUGAGAGACGGCCUGCAAUAAUUUAUAUUCAAAAAGAGAAUACAUAAAGACAAUCACUAACACAUCAUCAAAGUUAUUAAGGUAAAGAAACAAUAAUCCUAGUAAAUAUAGUAUAGAUCUAUAAAAUAAAACCACAUUAUGCAAAAUCAUAAACCUCUAUAAGUAACGGCUUGAAGACCCAUGUAAUUCAAUAAGUUGUUUAGUUAUAUACCUUUUCACAAGGCUAAAAAGAAACGAUCAAGUAUCAGGUUACAGUUUAAACAAACCAAAUUGGUGCAUCAAGAUUUUUGUACUCUUUAUAUUAUAGCAUCACAUUUUGACAAAAACAUAUACCUGAAGUGCAGUUUUGUCAUUAUCUUGAUUAACCAAUGUUAGUAUCUUGAAAAACUUGAGUAAUUUGUGUGAUCCCCACAAGAUUAUUUGGACACUAGAUGGUAAGAACCUCAAUGAGAGCUAGCAAAUCUGCAAAAAAAAAAAAAAAAAAA